GAUUAUUUCUUCUCUUUGUUUUCUUUUUCUUCUCGGAGACUUUGAAGAAGAGACACAUUGAAAAUUGCAGUAGAGUUGUGUUUUUGGACAUUUAAAGCUGCUCAUGAGUCAUGGCUUCUUCAGUCCAUGAUCUUUCUGAUAAAAUAGAAACUCAUGACAAACAAGAACAUAAAGAUUUUCAAUUCCAAAUCCAACCACCAAUUCCUCCAGGAAGAAACUCUGCAGUCUACUCGGAACAGCUUCCUCACUCCAUGGCACCUGGACACUACCCAUAUCCAGAUCCUUACUACAGAAGUAUCUUUGCACCAAACCCACAAGCGUAUCCACCACGACCUUAUGAAACCGGGCUACAUGCACAUUUAAUGGGAGUCCAGCAACAAUGUGUGCCUUUACCAUCUGAUGCAGUCGAGGAACCUGUUUUUGUCAACGCAAAGCAAUACCACGGUAUACUGAGACGUAGGCAAUCCAGAGCAAAGCUUGAAUCCCAGAAUAAAGUUGUCAAGUCGCGUAAGCCGUAUCUGCAUGAGUCUCGUCAUUUGCAUGCGAUAAGACGACCUAGAGGAUGCGGCGGUCGGUUUCUCAAUGCCAAGAAGGAAGAGGAGCAUCACGAAGGCAAUCAUGUUGAAGAAAAGUCCAUGGCUGCUCCUGGUGGUACGUCUUGAGAGAAUGACAUAUACACGUAGCGGUGUGGCUCUGUUUGGUCUCUCAGCUCAUCGGUGUCUUUAGUGUUAUGAAAUACAAAUCUUUGUAGAAAUCAAUAGGAGGAUCUUGGGAGCAAUUUACAAUUAGAUAAAGUGGGCCUUGACUUGUGAUUAAAAAUAAAGCCCACGAGUGACGAAAAUAAAAUAAACAAUGUCAUCUUGAAGUUUUUGGUUAAGAAACAGUGCUACUGA